AUGGAAAUCCAGAUCUCAUCUUGGUUCGACACUGAGCGUUGGCUAGAGGCUUUCGCGCGAUGUGAAGGUAUAGUAAUUGAGGAAUCGUUUGUUAUGUCAUCUCCACCCGUACCGCAGUCUUACGCUGUCAAUAAUAUACAUAUGUUGUCACCCUCACGAAUGGUAGAUGUAUCCGACAUGCCAUCUGCCGAGCGAGCAGUAGUUGGAAGAAAACCAUCCAUAGGACACAACGAUUUGCGCUUAAAUCAUGAGUUGGAGAUGAUUCUACCAGAUGAGAUCGAUGAUCCUGACAUCAAUGCCCAUAACCAUCGCUCUCUUAAUGACAUUAGCAAGAAAUUGUGCUUGCGCGUCGACCCUCCUCAUCGAACCGUUUUACCAUCAUCAAGUGCGAAAAAGGGUGUGAAGAUGAGAAAAGAAGCAAGUAUCGGCGAGCAGCAUGAUGCUCAUCUUCUACGCAUUAUUGAAGCUUAUUGUAGCGGGGCAGUACGCGCACCUCCAGGUAUUGCGGACUGCCGGCCACCGCAACUCAUCGUUGCUGAAGAUGAGAAGAUACUAGUGGAAGAAAUGGUUGGAGAUGAAAUAGUUAUACAAGAGAAGUAAGU